AUGAACGAUAAGGAAAAUUUGCGUUCAACUGCUCUGUUAAUAGCAGAUCAUGAUCAUAAAGUAUUUGAUGCACUUAUUGGUGAUAAAUCAGCGUCUACGUCAAGCAGCAAAGCUGAGUUGUUAAUUAAUAACAAGUACUAUGCCGUUACUAUAAAUCUGCACUGUGUUGAUGAUCUUCAAAGUUUAUCAUCCUGCAACGGGGAUAACUUGGCCACACCGCAAAUUGGUGCGAUCAUUUAUAAAUUCGAUGGUAGUUUGGAAGCGCUGAAAGAGCUGAAGAAAAAACUGAAUUUGUGGCAAGCUGAUGUACAGAUAAUGGUUUGCGAUCGAUUAGAACGAGAUGCUGAAUGGACUGAAUUACUGACGAACUUCUGCGUCAUGGAGCAGUUCGAACUAAUUGAACUUAAUCCAGAUCAAGAGACGCUUUUGGAAUUGGAAGAAUACGCUGAACUUCAUGGUAUAGAUCGUAUUCGGCAGGUGCUCGAAUCAGCCGAAUGGAUCAACAGAGUGUUGAAAGAGAAUAAUUCGCACAGUUUAGUGACGAAACAAGAAAUGUCUCAUUUAACAGCAAAAUAUAAAGAAGGCACGAAGCCGCUGGGAGAUGAUGAAGAAUUCGGUGAAUUUAUGAGUGCUGAAAAUGAUUUAAGCGAAGAUCAGGAAGUGAAACGCGAACAAGUUUUCAACAGUUUAGAAUUGAAUGACGUGAAGUGUACUGAGGCGAUGCAACAUCCAACGUGUAGCGUUGAAACUAGCAGCAACACAGCUCAUUCGUUGUCAGAAGUGGGGCACGGAAAUGUAAAAGAGAAAAGCAUUUCGAUGGAUAGUCAACCAUGUGAUGUAGCAAAUACUAAAUCAAUGAUUGACAAUUUAAUUGCUGAAGAUACGAAUAUGAUGACGACAUCCAAUGACUGUGAAAUGAAUCAGUUGGUUGCAAAAGUGGAUCGGGUGCGUUGUGCGCUCUCACAGAUGUCGUUUGGUGAGGAACGACAAAAGUUGGCUGUUGAUACAAUGAUGGAAGUGAUAAAAGCACUUGGUAUGGAUGAUUUACUUCUGUCGUCGUCAUCCGAUGAAGAAGACGAAGAAACAUGA